AUGCCUCCUCCCAAAUAUGUGCCCACUGUCUUCUAUGCACGCGAUAAGUCGCCUUUGGAGGAGCACAACGGGCCUCGUGCUAGUAUUGAGGGGGUUGAUGAAGAAGAAGAAGAAGAAGAAGAAGAGCUCCUACCAAAAAUUGUUUCUGACCUUGUGGACUAUGAGAGUUGCGAAGAGGAAUUCGAUUCUUCGAAAUCUGAACAGGACUCUAAGCCUGAGAAGCGCGCUCUCUAUCCGGAAGAUGAGAGCGAUGAAGAAGCCGCAGGUGCAAAGGUAGCCCCUCCAGCCAAGCACCAGCGUCGCUCGCAAGUGAACAGUUCAGUCCCACCUCGUCGUUCUAAGCGUGUCGCAUCCACUUCUAGCCUUCAGGGUGAGAAUACUUCUGGCGUGGGGAAGGAGAAGCCCGUUACUGGAAAGAGAGGUCGUGGCCGUCCUCCAGCCAAGAGCAAAGUGACCAAAACUGAAGCAGUGCCGAAGAGAAGCCCCGGACGUCCUCCUGUCAGAAAGAAGGCUACACGUGGCGAUUCUACUACCGAAUGGGAGGUUGAGAAAAUCAUUGAUUCGCAGGUUGAUGCUGAUUCCAAGGUACUCUACUACCAGGUCAAGUGGAAGGGUUUUGGCAACAAGGAGAACACUUGGGAGCCUAAGAAGAACCUGGGCAAAUGCGACAAGCUCAUCAAGGAUUUUGAGAAGGAGAACUAAGGGAAUUAUGAUGGUAUGAGCCUUGAACUAUUUGACAGCAAUGGGAACUUUUUGGGAAUGAAUCAAUUCUCUGGGCUAUUUUCAUGGGAUAACUGCUAGAGGCAUCUAUCAAGGAAGAGUCUGGCGACAGUUGCUCUGUGGGAAGGGAACCGCGGGAUUCAAAGCGAACGAAUGGGGGCAGUAUCUAGAUGGAAUUAUCUCGAUUGUUACUUCGAG